UGUCAGGCGCGGUGUGGGCAACCUCAGGCUCAGUGGUCUGGGGGGGAAGAGGCGGAGUCGGCGGGGAAGGGAGGCGGAAGAAGCCCGUAGAGUCAACAUGGCGGAGCCAGAGAUUGUGGAAGGAUGUCGAUUACCUGUCCUUCGCAAGAAUCAAGACAAUGAAGUGGAAUGGCCACUGGCAGAAAUCCUGAGUGUUAAAGACUUAUCUGCAAAGAAACUGUUCUACGUUCACUACAUUGACUUUAAUAAGCGGCUAGAUGAGUGGGUUACUUAUGACCGUUUAGACUUGAAAAAACUCCAGUUUCCAAAAAAAGAGGCAAAGACUCCAACCAAGAAUGGGCUUUCUGGGUCAAGGCCCAGCUCACCAGAACGAGAAGUGAGGAAGAUUCCUGAACUCAUUCUACCUCCAGUUGCAGCCCCUGCGGGAGGAGGAAAAUCUCUCCCUGUUCCAAAACGGAAAGUAGAAAUUGUAUCACCAGCCACUCCAGUUCCACCAGUGGUAGAAACCACUCAGGCCUCAGUCUUUCCACAGAAUGGGGCAGCACGACGGCCGAGUGCCCCUGCUGUACCUCCUGGACGAAAAAGGAAAUCAAAUUGUCUGGGUGCCGAUGAAGUACUGAUUGAUGAGGACUCCCAGGAUAGCUCAGAUGGAAUCCCAACUGCACCACGAAUGACAGGAAGCUUGGUGUCUGACCGCAGCCACGAUGACAUUAUUACACGCAUGAAGAACAUUGAAUGUAUUGAGCUAGGACGUCACCGCCUCAAGCCUUGGUACUUCUCUCCAUACCCCCAAGAGUUGACUGUGUUACCUGUCCUUUACUUAUGUGAAUUCUGCCUCAAAUAUGUCAAGAGUCUUAAGUGUCUGCAGAGACACCUGACCAAAUGUAACCUGAGACAUCCACCAGGGAAUGAAAUUUACAGGAAAGGGACCAUCUCCUUCUUUGAAAUAGAUGGACGUAAAAAUAAGAGUUAUUCUCAGAAUUUGUGCCUUUUGGCGAAAUGCUUUUUGGACCACAAAACAUUAUAUUAUGACACAGAUCCCUUCCUCUUUUAUAUUAUGACUGAAUACGACUCAAAAGGCUUCCAUAUUGUUGGCUACUUCUCGAAGGAGAAAGAGUCUACAGAGGACUAUAACGUGGCUUGUAUACUUACCUUGCCACCUUACCAAAGAAGAGGAUAUGGAAAACUGCUAAUAGAAUUCAGUUAUGAGUUGUCUAAAGUAGAGGGAAAGACGGGCACGCCAGAGAAACCACUCUCGGAUUUGGGUCUUCUAUCUUACCGUAGCUACUGGUCUCAGACAAUCUUGGAAAUCCUCAUGGAACUGAAGACUGAGACUGGAGAAAGGCCACAGAUCACUAUUAAUGAAAUUAGUGAGAUAACCAGCAUAAAGAAGGAAGACGUUAUAUCUACACUGCAGUACCUAAAUCUCAUAAAUUAUUACAAGGGUCAGUACAUUCUUACACUUUCAGAAGACAUUGUGGAAGGUCACGAAAGAGCUAUGCUGAAGAGGGUUCUCAGGAUAGAUUCCAAAUGUCUGCACUUUACACCCAAGGACUGGAGCAAAAGAGGGAAGUGGUAGGGAAAUAUUAUACAAGAACCUGAAAAUCGGAAGAACCAGAAAUGUUAAGCUGUUGUAUGGCAUGUAAGAGACUUUCAAAGCCUGAACGCCAAGAACUUUUUGAACAAGUGAAUUUUUCCACUUCAUUCAAAACAGAACUGACAAACUGUUCUAUCAUUUCGUGAAGGCCAUAUGGCUGAAUACAGUCUUUUAGAUUACUGGCUGAUGGAAAAAAAACAAAGUGCCACCGAUGCCAAGGUGUGAGUGGUCCCAUAAGCUGGAACUGUACAUUUAAAAGUGGUGCUUGCUAUACAGAGUAAAAGAAAUGGUAUUUAAGACACACAAACAACAAAAACAAUGACUUAUUGAACUGAUUGGACAACUAUGGAGUAGUCUAUAAAGAAUCUUUAUAGACUUUUUAGCUGUAGGCUUUAUUUAAUUGACUAUCAUUACACACUAGUAUGGCUAGCUCCAAAAUAAUAUUUGCUUGAAUAUCAUAUCCACCUGAUAAACAUGUUAAAAAGAAAUUGCUACACACACAUCUUUUUACAGAUUACCUCUAAAGGUGCAAGUAGACAUGGAGGGGGCUUUAAGGUGUUCGAGAAUGAUUCAGUCAGUGUCGGGCAAAACUGUUUGAACAUGAAUCAUCUACUCAAACUUGAUACUCAUUUGUGGCGGGGAAAAGUGCAAGGAGACAAGUUCCACAGCAGCUAACCUUCAGGGAAACAAUGGCGAUCAAAUGUUUUUCCGUUUACCACAGAGUGGUCACCCAGAGCUGUCUGCACUCGCCAUGGAUUUGUUGCCAAAUUUGCCUAAAAAUUGUGAAAUGGGAAGAUAUUUAGGUCAAGUGAUAGUUUUAAAGGAAAAUCUUUUCCCCCUCUAUGUGAUUUUUAUGAAAAUAAUUUGAUUUAUACAUUUAGACAGUGCAGCAGCUUCAGACUUCAGUAAAAUGAAAUCUGCUUGUUAUUACUUGAAGGUUUUUGCACUGCCUAAUGGAAUAAGCUCAGAAGAGUUUUAUAGAACAAAAACGUUUAAAAAUAAUUUUUGUGAUUUUAUUUUCCACAAGUGAUUUGCUGUGACUGUAUGAUGGAAGCCAGUGCUAGCUGUCAUUUGAAGAUCUAAAGUGACAUUUUUAAAAAAAAUACAAAUGUUGUUUCUUACUA